UGGAUUUGGAUGUCAUAAAACGAAAAAGCAAAAAACAAAAGAGAGGGAAAACAAAAACAACAAAAACAACAAAAAUGACCAAAACAACUUCCUACGCUUCCUCCAUUUGAUCCCGUAUGUAUCUACCUAUGUAUCCCUCUCAUUCUCAAAGGUUAGAUUAGUUAGUUGAGUGACCAUCUUCAAUCUUCCUUCCCCUUAAUUCAUUUUUUUUUUCAGCUUCAGAUCUACUUCUCCUUCACUCUCCUUAAUGGGUUUUCUUUUUUCUGUUUACCCUAUCAAUUUUUUUUUUUUGAAUUUUUGAAGUCGUAGCUUUACAAAUUACUCAUUUCCAGGUGACCCCAUAACGGGUUGUUCCCCAAUUAUCAAAAUCUCCUAACAGUUGCUUUGAGUCGCCAUUAUCUCUAUAGGUAGUGGUAAUGAUGUAAUCUAGGGUUUGUAGCACUACCCAGAUGACAAUUUAGCCUCUAAUUGUUUGUUUGUAUACAGAUAAGCCUAGUUUUUUCUUUUUUCAUACUAUAUAAUGCAGAGUUCGUCAAGCUCCGCGGCUCAACCUGAAGCCAUAGUGCAAUGGCUUCAGAAGGAAAUGGGUUAUAGACCGUUGGGUCCAUACACUGCUUCUUCUAGCAAAUCCGGGUUGCCUUCCAUUGACGCACUACGCAAGAUUUGCCGUGGUAAUAUGAUACCCAUUUGGAAUUUUUUGAUUACCCGGGUGAAGUCGGAGAAGACUGUGGAGAAUAUCCGGAGAAAUAUAACAGUUCACGGUGGUGGUGGUAGUGGCAGUAGUGAUGGGGGAGGAGGAGGAGGAGGGACGGUGAGUUCUGUAAAAGAAGAGGGAAGGAGUAGAGGAAGUAGGAGGAAGGAGAAAGUAUCAGUGGAGGGUUCCAGUGUGGCGGAGACUAGGGAAGCGGCGUUGCAGGAGAGGGAAAUGGUGGCAAAGGAGGUGGAGAGAUUGAGGAAUAUUUUGAGGAGACAGAGAAAAGAUUUGAAGGCUAGGAUGUUGGAGGUUUCUAGAGAAGAGGCUGAGAGGAAGAGGAUGCUUGAUGAGCGUGCUAAUUACAGGCAUAAGCAGGUAAUGCUGGAGGCUUAUGAUCAACAGUGUGAUGAAGCUGCGAAGAUAUUUGCAGAGUAUCAUAAAAGACUGCGUUUCUAUGUUAAUCAAGCAAGGGAUGCUCAAAGAUCAAGUGGUGACUCUUCUUCUGAUGUGACUAAUAGCUUUAAUGGAAGUGUUGAGAAGGAAUCUGUCUAUUCAACCUUAAAGGGAAGUAAAACGGCAGAUGAUGUUAUUCUUAUUGAGACCACAAGGGAAAGGAACAUUAGGAAGGCAUGCGAAUCUCUUGCUGAGUAUAUGAUUGAGAAGAUUCGAAGUUCGUUUCCUGCUUAUGAAGGAACUGGUGUUCAUUCAAAUCCUCAGUCAGAAGCAGCCAAAUUGGGUUUUGAGUUUGAUGGUGCAUUGCCUGAUGAUGUUAGAACUGUCAUUGUAAAUUGCCUCAAGUGUCCUCCUCAGUUGCUUCAGGCAAUCACUGCACAUACGUUACGAUUGAAAUCUGUAAUUUCUAAAGAAAUAGAGAAAAUUGAUGUUAGAGCUGACGCAGAAACCUUAAGGUACAAGUAUGAGAAUAACCGAGUUAUUGAUGUUUCUUCUCCUGAUGUGAGCUCCCCAUUACACUAUCAACUUUAUGGUAAUGGAAAGAUAGGAGGUGAUGUUCCCUCUAAAGGAACUCAGAACCAACUCCUUGAAAGACAGAAAGCACAUGUUCAACAAUUUUUGGCUACUGAAGACGCACUAAACAAAGCUGCAGAAGCUAGGAACCUAUCUCAAAAACUUAUUACACGUUUGCAUGGGAGUGGUGAUGCAGUUCCUUCACACUCUCUUGGAGUUAGUGGCACAUCACAAAAUGCAGGCGGUCUUAGGCAAUUUGAGUUGGAGGUCUGGGCCAAGGAGAGAGAGGUUGCUGGUUUGAGGGCUAGCUUGAAUACAUUGAUGGCUGAAAUACAGCGAUUGAAUAAACUAUGCGCAGAAAGAAAAGAAGCUGAAGAUUCCCUGAGGAAGAAAUGGAAGAAAAUUGAAGAAUUUGAUUCUCGUAGAUCUGAACUUGAAUUCAUAUAUAGUGCUCUUUUAAAAGCUAACAUGGAUGCUGCUGAGUUCUGGAAUCAGCAGCCAAUAGCUGCUAGAGAGUACGCAUCAGGCACUAUCAUUCCAGCGUGCACAGUUGUUGUGGAUAUUUCUAACAACGCAAAAGAUUAUAUCGAGAAAGAAGUUUCUGCUUUUUAUCGCAGUCCUGAUAAUAGUCUUUACAUGCUUCCAGCAACCCCACAGGCACUUUUGGAGUCCAUGGGUGCAAAUGGAUCCACGGGACCUGAGGCUGUUGCUACUGCAGAAAAAAAUGCUGCUAUAUUGACUGCAAAGGCAGGUGCAAGGGAUCCAUCAGCAAUACCGUCGAUAUGCCGCAUUUCUGCUGCCCUUCAGUAUCCUGCAGGUCUGGAGGGUUCAGAUGCUGGUCUAGCAUCAGUUUUGGAAUCUCUAGAAUUCUGUCUGAAACUUCGUGGUUCUGAGGCAAGUGUGUUGGAAGACUUGGCUAAAGCAAUCAAUUUGGUUCACAUACGACAGGAUCUUGUUGAAAGUGGACAUGCGUUGUUGAACCAUGCAUAUCGAGCUCAACAAGAAUAUGAAAGGACAACAAGUUACUGCUUAAAUUUGGCUGCUGAGCAAGAGAAAACGGUUUUGGAUAAAUGGUUGCCUGAGCUUAAAUCUGCAGUUUUGAAUGCACAAAAGUGCUCAGAAGAUUGCAAAUAUGUUAGAGGAUUGCUUGAGGAAUGGUGGGAGCAGCCAGCAUCCACUGUUGUUGACUGGGUCACCGUUGAUGGAUUGAAUGUUGCGGCUUGGCAUAAUCACGUGAAGCAGCUCCUUGCAUUUUAUGAUAAGGAGCUCUUGUGAAUAUCAUUAUCGUGUUAAGUGCAACGAAAUGUGUUCUGGUUUCUAACUAGAUUACUGCCUACUGCUUUGCCACUUUCAUGUCAAUAGCCACGGAAAAAGAAAUUGCAGCCCCAUCAGGGGCAGGCUGCUCGCAAGUCGAGGAACAAAAGGAUAGGGAAGCAUUCAGGUCAAGGAUAUUGAUUUUAGUACAGUUGGGAGGGUAAAGGAGAGGGGAGAGAGUCUGAUUAUUUUUUUUGUUAUAGGCUACACAGGUUUCCUUCAUUUUCCAUUUUUAAAUUUUGUAUAGAAUUUUGUUGGUGGGUGCUUUGUACCAUAGGCAAUGUUUUGGUUGGCAUAUUCCCUUUCAAGGGUAGUAGUGUGAUAAAGUUGUAGCAGCCUUUGCAUUUGUUGUUUUGAAGUGUGAUUAAGCCUAUUUGAGUUGAAAUGAUACUGUUGAUUGUCAUAAUCAACAUGUAAAAUACCUUUGUGGUAGUCUUGUAUUGUAUUUUGUUGAUUCUCUCCCUAUUAAUUACUUAUUCACAGUUUUUCUUUUCUUUC